AUGGCUCCACCAGUUCACUUUUUCUCCCAUGGCUCAACGAUGAUGUUAGGCGAAGAGACCAAAUCGGCCGACUACUGGAAAGCCUGUGGUGAUGAAGCCCUCUCUCACGGCAUCAAAGGUGUGAUAAUGAUGGGCGCGCAUUGGGACGCGCGUGGCGUAAACCGUAUCGAUGUGUCAAUGAACCCGGCACCCAUAAAAUCACCCGUCGCGUACGUUCACCCGCGCAAAUACAAAGACUACGAGCUCGUCCCAGAUCUCGAGAGCGGAAAGAAGUGCAUAGCAGCGCUGCGGGAAAAGGGCAUUGACGCACGACCGAACGACACGUUUGACUGGAUCCACGACACAUACUUGAUUUUGAUUAGGAUGUUUCCCGAGAAAUGCCCACCAACGACUAUCAUCAGUAUGAAUUCGCGAUUCGAUCCGCAUCUGCACGCCCGGGUGGGUAACAUCUUGGCAAAAUUCCGCGACGAGGGCUAUCUCAUCAUUGGGACGGGUGGCGCAGUACACAACCUUUACCGCAACCACUGGGCGCAGAUGCUCAGGUACUCGGACAACUUGGCACAACCAUACCCACCAGAGGCACCGAUGCUUGAGUUCCGCCAGAGCGUCGAGGAUGUCUUCAUCCGCUGCUGCAGGAAGGGUGCGAAAAAGGGUAGCUUGACGCGUGGUAUCACGAGAUUGAUGAAGCAUCCCAUGUACCGGGAUGCGCAUGCGACAGAUGAUCACUACAUGGCGGCAUGUUUUGUGGCUGGAGUUGUUGAUGGAAGUAAGAGGGAUAGCGACGAGUGUGUGCUCGGAGCUGAGGAUUGGGAGUUGGUGAACAUGUGCAACAGCCAGUUUACUGUUGGCAGAUGGGAAUAG